ACGCCUCUCUCCUUUUCUCUUUACGCCUCUCUCGUCCACCAUGUCUGAAGCCUCUAGCAAAUACGUCCUCCAGACCGCUGGCUUCGACGCCCGGUUCCCCAACGCCAACCAGACGAGGCACUGCUUCCAGAACUAUACUGAUUACUUCAAGUGCAUCGCCGCCAAGGGCGAGGACUUUGCUCCAUGCAAGCAGUUCAAGCGUGCAUACCACUCUCUCUGCCCCAAUGAAUGGAUCACCAAGUGGGACGACCAGCGGGAGAAUGGUACUUUCCCCGCCUCCUUGGAGCCUUGAAAUAUGUUGUCUACAAAUUCUGUAACAUCCGGACUACCCAAUCAAGUGCACUGCAUUAGACAUUGCCU